AUGAACCCCCUCCUUCUUCUUCUUCUUCUUCUUCCUCCUUUUGCUCCUGCCUCUGAACGGACUGGAGGUUUCAAGGAGGCAGUCAGGAGCCGAAGUGACAGUAAACAGCGGCAAAUACACACAGGACAAGACUUCUUUAUUUCUCUUCAUGGUGGUUUGGACACUCAUAGUAUGUAUGAGAAGUUAACCAUGCUGAACCUGCAGAGCGGCUCAAACUGGAGUGGGCCAAACAACUGGUACCAUGACCCCACCGGCGUUCAGACACAACACAGCACAGUGUCUGAGGGCUGCCUGCUGGACACGGAGGGCAGCAUGGGGGGUGAGUCAGGGGGAGGGGGUUCAGGUAGGGGGGGGGGAGUUCCCGUGGAGCGGGACGAGGGCGAAGAGUCUCAGCUGAGGCUGCAACUCAAGAGGAAGCUGCAGAGGAACAGGACCAGCUUCACACAGGAGCAGAUCGAGGCUCUGGAGAAAGAGUUUGAGCGGACACAUUACCCAGAUGUUUUUGCAAGGGAGAGAUUGGCAAACAAGAUUGACUUACCUGAAGCUAGGAUACAGGUGUGGUUUUCAAACCGAAGAGCCAAGUGGAGGAGGGAGGAGAAGCUGCGCAACCAAAGGAGGUCAGGCAGCGUAACUUCCUGUUCGCAGAGCCAAGCCCCUCUGAGCACUUCUUUUAACACGUCUGUCUAUCAUCAGCAGCAUGGCAGCAGUUCAGGGUCCAUGUUGAGUCAGGCAGAGUCAUCCCUGCCCAGCUACAGCUCACUGUCUGUUUUCUCAUCUGGAGUCCAGUCAAUUCCGCCCCAGUCGGCCUCUUCUUACUCAUGCAUGUUACCGCCAUCCCCCUCUGCACCGCGCAGUUUUGACUCAUCGGCGUACUCCUCCCCGCAUCUGCAGACUCCACCCUCCACCAACUCUAACACAGGACUCAUAUCUCCUGGGGUUUCAGUGCCGGUCCAGGUCCCAGGAACGGAGCCGCAGAGCAUGGGUCAGAACCUGGGUCAGUACUGGGCCAGAUUACAGUGA